AACUAAUAAAAAGGUCAGUCAAUCAGUCAGUCGGUCGGUCGGUCGGUUAGUCAAUCAGUCACACAGACAGUCAAAUUGAAUUUGCUUUAAUUAUUUUCUAGGUCGAACGACUGGGUUGGUAUAUCCAAAGGUGAAAGUGGUGCUGCCACCUUAAUGUGUGGACAUGCACAAGACUUCUUUGCUCUGAUAACAAGUGGCGAGGCUGUUAUCAGCUUUAACACCAGAGGGGAGCAUCACAGACGAGGGGACGGUUUCUACGCAUGGUAUCAAGCUGUUGAUGAGGCGGUGACAGGUAAGUAGUAAACUGAUACAUGAAGGUUUUUACUAAGUGUGUAUGAAUAAUCCAAUAUUCUACCUCAUGGAGGGAUAAAGAUGAAUGUCUCUGUAAGCCUACCCCAAACUAUUGUGUAGAAAUAAGGAUGAGAAAAUGAAAGCAGGCUGCCGAAAAUGAGAAUUUAAUUGAAACUCAUUCCCGUCGGGAUCUUUUAUAUCAUAUCGAUCAUAUCGAUGACGAAAGCACAAUCGCAAAAAUUCGCGUUACAUUGGAUCGCAUCGAAAUUUGUUGGCGUGAGCGCGUGAGCGUGACAAAUUUGUGCUAAAACACUUCAAUGUGGCCUACACGACGCACAGCACGGGUCAGUGUUUUCAGCAUGGCGUCGGCUGCAAAGCGUUCGCGAACGGUCGGUGAUGAUAGCGCAGAAAUGGUUCUUGAGAUUCAGUGUUUUUCUGAGAUGCUGGAACAGGAAGAAGACAGCAAUGAUGGCAUGUCAAGUGGUGAGCCGCAAGAUGAAAGCGACGAGUCGAGGAAGGAAGUAGAAGAAGACAGCAACGAUGGCAUGUCAAGUGGCGAGGAAAGUGAUCUAGAUCGCCAGCUGCAAGACGAAAGCGACGAGUCGAGUGACGUAGAGAUUUACUCUCCUGAUAAUGAUGAUGAUGAUGAUGAUGAUGAUCCUGUUAUUCCUGCUGUUCCCAUUGUUCCCCAUGCCCCAGGUGCACAUCGUCGUAGACGUCUGGUUGGCCCAGCUGGCCGUGGCUGUGGUCGUAGAACUACAAGAUGUUCUAGUCCAGCUGCUCCAGCUACUAGUGGUCGUGGGUUGGCUAGACGCGGUAACCAUGCUGCUCCUGCAGCAUUUAAAAGCUAUGAAGACCCAGAUAAUGGAAAUCUCCUCCCUCCAUUUAAACCCACCCGCUCACCUGGAAUACACUUUGGCCAUCCACUCCUCAGGCAUACAAUGACUAGAGCUGUUGAUUUUUUUCGCCUUUUUUUCACUGUGGAAAUGAUAAAUAAUAUAUGUAGCCACACAAACAGUUAUGCCAAUGAAAACAUUAUUGCAGGAACUCAUAGGUCUUAUACUGAGUCAGAUGGAAGCUGGAAGGAUACAACACCUGAUGAGAUCAACAGAUUAAUUGCAUUAUUGAUUUAUUUUGGUCUUGUCAAGGUAGGUGUUAACACUGACAGGUAUUGGAGCACCAAGAGCCUCUACUAUGGUCUUUGGGCACGGUCCAUAAUGCCCAGAAUUCGAUUUCGAGCUCUCAUGGCCUUACUACACGUGGUAGAUCCAGCAACGGAGACUCCAGGGGAUAAGUUGCAUAGUGUUGAGUCAUUUAUUGAUUAUUUUAAAUCUAGAUGCCUUGAUUUGUAUCAGCCCAGACAACAACUUGCUAUUGAUGAGCGUAUGGUCAAAUCUAGACAUAGGUCUGGCAUACGUCAAUACAUCAAAGAUAAGCCCACCAAAUGGGGCAUCAAGCUUUGGGUGUUGGCAGAUAGCUCUAAUGGUUAUACCAUCGACUUCAAUAUUUACAUAGGGAGAGCUGCAGGGAGAGUUGUUAGUGAACAUGGGCUUGGCUAUGACGUUGUUGUGCGACUAAUGCAACCUUUUUUCAAUCAGGGAUAUCACUUGUAUAUUGAUAAUUUUUAUACUUCAGGUACACUUGUGAAAUAUUUAUUUGAAAAAGGAGUCCCUACAACAGGUACCAUAAGAGAGAACAGCAGAGGCUUUCCAGCAAAUUUGAAGAAUGCAAGUGAAUGGUCCAAGGCGUCAAAUGUGAAAAGGGGAAGUAUGCGUUGGGAAAGGGACCCACCCAUCCUAGCAUUACAGUGGUUAGACAACAAAGUAGUUUCUGUGUUAACUUCUAUCGACAAUGCUAAUGACUCCCUUCAGGUGAGUCGUAAAACUAGGACAGAUGGAGUGUGGAGUACCAAAGUGGUGCAGCAACCCCAAGCCAUUGCUUCAUAUAAUAAGUAUAUGAAUGGAGUGGAUAGGUCAGAUCAAAUUUUAGCCACCAACAACGUGUCACGUAAAUGCAUCAAAUGGUGGAAGACUUUGUUUUUCCACCUUAUUGAUAUUGCCGUUGUUAAUAGUUUUAUACUUUUCAGGGAACACCAGGCUCAGUUUCCAGAUGUUGAGGAACUUCAAAGGACAGCAGAUUAUUCACUAGCCCAUUUCAGAGAAGAGAUUGUCAGGCAAAUUUGUGGUUUUCCUGAAUACAUUGACCAGCCCCCUGUGCGUUCUACCCCCAUGCCAGUUGACCCAAAUCAGUUUGAAUCUGUGCACAUGCCAGUUUUUACUGAUGGGAAGAAAAACUGUGUGGUCUGUUACAAGCAGAAUAAAAUCCAGCGACAGGUGUAUUCAACUUGCAGUGCACCCAUGUGUAAGGGGAAGCACAUGCAUGUCACCAAGGAGAAGAACUGUUUCCAGGUGUUCCACAGCAGGGAGUAUCACAAGUGUUGAUGUUGUCAAUUUUUUUUCAUUGUCUACAAAAAAAAAAAACACAAACAAAAA